CUAUUCUUUACAUAUUUGAUGAAUUUUGCAAAGUAAACUUAAGCAAAUACUUUUUGAUUGGUCAAUAAUUAAUAUCACAGGUAAACAUUGAACAAAAGAGUUAUUAUAAUCAAAUGUUUCUCGUUUUUAUCACGGUUAUAAAAUAUAGCAAAAAUCUUUUGGAAAAAAUUUGGAAAAGAAGUUGAUGUAUAUAUAUUUUACAGCAUAAAUGAUCACGCCAUAUUUGUAAUAACAUAAAAUGUCGCUGUUUGCAACAAAUUUAAAAAGAAUUUUAAUAAUAAAGUUCAAACACCGCCAUGACAGUUUAUCAGAUCAAUAUAAUAGACUCUUUGUUAUGAAAAUGAUAUUAGCUUGCACAUUAAUAUCAGGGCUAAACUGGUUUAAAGAUCCUUUGAACUGCAUUGUACCUGCCAUAAGUUCUAUUGAUACUUCAUUUGUCACAACCGCCUGUUGGAUACAAGGUUUAUAUGUGUAUAAAGAAUUGAUUAACAGGACGGUCGACUCAAGCUAUUAUGGGAUUUCAAAAGACAUUGAUAUUGACGGAAUUUCUCGUACCGGAUCAGUUUGCGCUACAAUUGAAAAAGUUAGUAAUAACUCUACCGAUUGUGUUGCUAUGGAGAAAUUUUUUUUUUCACAGUAUCAAUGGAUUCCCUUUUUCUUGGCCGCAAUAUCUCUGCUGUAUUACAUUCCUUAUUUGGUAUUUCUCUCUGUAAACAGUGAUCUUGUUUCACUUAACAAAAGUUUGAAUAAUGGUCAGGAUUCAAAAUGGAUAGCGAUAUAUUACUUCAAGAAACACAACGCAUGUACAAUGUUUUUUAAAGUUAUUUUAAACUUGUCUAUAAAGAUUCUUUACGUUGCAACGAAUAUUGGCACUUUUGCAUUGUUUGAUUAUAUACUCAAUGGCUCCUUCCGUUAUUUUGGAUAUAAGUGGAUUAUUUGGGCAAAAUCUAAUGAUAACAAUAUUUAUAAAGAAGUAAACAAUUUUAGGAAACCUGGUAAUGAACUUUUCCCGCCGUUCGGUUAUUGUGAACUUUACGAGUCAACUAAAGACAUCAAGCACAGUGUAGCAAACAAGCACAAAUUUGUUUGUGAACUGUCGCAACAUAUUCUUUAUCAAUAUUGUUUUUUAAUUAUCUGGUUUUUGGUUAUAUGUGGAGUCGUGAUAUCUUUAUUCGGAUUUUUUAUUCAAAUAUUUCAGUAUUUUAGACUUCUUGUGCGACGUUGUUAUUUACGUGACCCACCAACGAAAAAGCUUUUAAACUCGCUUAACUUGUACGAACUGGUUUAUUUACAACGUAUAGAAUCUAAAGAUGGACAUUUAUACAAUGAGGUUAUUGAGGAAUUAAAAAGACUAGCCUAUAUUUAAAGUUAUAAAAAUAAAAGUUUUGCAUUGAAGUUAUUGAGAAAAAGAAUAAUCUUUAUCUAACGGACAUAAAGUUGAACAACUAGAUACAAGCUGUUGAAUUUAAAGUUUUUAAAAAUUCAAAACAUCGUUCAAGAUCAAACACCCGUUGCAAGCAUAUGAAUUAAGUUAUCUUGUGCAUUGAAAGUGGAAAAGAUAAGCUUGAAAUGUUCCUUGCACCAUCAGAAAAACCUUUUCGUGGUUUUUUAAAAUAAAAGAAGUAUAUAAACUAAAUGUUCGGCCAAUAAAUUUGAAUAAUCAAGAACAUAGCUGUAAAUUGAAGUUAAAUAUUAGUUAAAGAAAAUACAAAACGUUUUAAAACUCAAAUGGAUCAAACUAAUCUUGAAUAAUCGAGAAAAUUAAUUAUAAUCAUAAUUCAUGUUUAUUUUAAAAUGCUCCUCUCGCAAAUGGUUAAAUAUAUAAGGUAAAUAUUGAAUGGUUUAGCAUUAUUGUUUAUCAGGCCAAAUAUAUAUUAUAAUUUUAUAAAACAGUCGGUUGUCUCCAUUUGAUAAUUUUGUUGUCUAUAAUAUUUGAACAAAUGUAACGUAAGAGUAUUUAAGCUAUAUAAUAGAUAUAUUAUGAAAUUCUAAAAUAUAGAGAUAUUUACAUUUAAAAUGUUUUUCUAAAAUUAAUUUUGUUUAUUUUUUGAAUAUGUAACAUGUAUAUAAAAAACCUGACAAUUUUGAUUAACUGCGUAAAACAUAUAUGUAAAGAACUUGACAUCUUUGUUUAUCACGUGUAAAACAUAUAUGAAAAGACUCGCUUUUCAAGUU